GCUAUCCCUUAAGAUGUUGGCGUCGGCCAGUCCAUUAAGGAUGGCCUCCUUAAUAAACUUUUCUAAGAUUGAGGUUGAUGGAGUUAGGUCCCACUGUCCACAGUUAGGAUACCUAUAGGAUAUCCACUUAAGCCACUUGCUAGGUUUAAGUUUUGGACUAGUUGAGCUGAUUAGGGUAGCUGAUUAGGGUAGCAUUAAGUUGGGGCUUAUACUAGGCUUUUGUUUAAGGCUAGUGGGGUCUUUGGGCUAGAAGUAGAGCUGUGGUUGGUAAAGGCCUCGUUAGAGUUAGUUAGACCCACGUUAGAGUUGGGUCUGUUAGAAGUCCUGAUGCUAUAGCUAGGAUUGGAGCAUCUCCCAAGUUGGGUUAAAGUUACAGGAACUGCCAGCUCAGUAAGGAUUUUUGGACUAGGUUUAUGAUAGGGCUGGUAAGGCCUGUUGGCCUAUGGUUAUGUUGGGCCCAGUAGGGACCAUCAUCAUGGAGCUUGGGAACAACAAUCAGUGCUCACCAUGCAGCGCUUAAGGGCACGUUUGCUAGGGUUCUGGGGCUAAGUUUGGUGAUGAGCUCUCAGCAUUUUGGUUAGGGUUAGGCCUAGUAGGGUUAACAGGCAAGGUUAGGGUUGGGCUCAGUAGAGCUUCUGGGCCUUCUGCUUGGACUGACUCCAGGAGGACUCUCCAGGUUAGGGGUUAUUUUUGGGAUCCAUAAAAGUUCCGUGUUUAGGGUUAAGGAAAAGCUCAUUAGGUUCUGCUGGGCUCAAUAGCUUUCUCCCUACUCCUCCCUAGCUUUUCUCCUGCUGUGUUAGAGCUGUGUGUGAUAGAGGCACCUGAGCUAGGGUGAAUGCUGAUCUGUUUAUAGCUUUUGGAUCUAGGGUUAAGCUGGGAAUGAUUAAGCUUGCUGGACUAGUGUCAUUUUAGGCUUGAUAGGGAAAAUCAGGUUAGGGUUAGGGCUGAUCACUGUAGAGUUUCUAAGAGCUAGGUAGGAUUAGGUUGGGCCAGGCCUAGGGGUAGGGUUGGACAUGGUUGGGUUCCUAUGUAUAGGGUAUAGGUUUAGGGUUUAUUCCAGUAGGACUCACUUGCCUAGGUUUAGGUUUAGGGAAAAUACAAUUCAUUGGUCUCAGUGUAGGGGUGAGGCCCUUAGGGCUCCAGGUGUUACUAUUUGCAUUGUGCCUGGUGGAACCAGCCAGGUUAAGAUGUGAGCCAGAUAUGGUAGGGUUUGACAUAGUACAGGCUAGGGUUAGAGUGGACUUCAUAGAGGCUACCCAGGUAGGACUUCCCGAGCUAUGAUUAGACUUGGCCUCAGUAGGGCUCAUCUAGCCAGCUAAGGUUAGGUUGGGACUAAUGGCUGAGUUUAUCCUAGUAGGAUGCAGGAUUAGGGCUGGGCCAGCGAGGCUUGAGUUACAGCUGUAGCUCUGUAGGGCUCCCAGUCACCAACCUUUUGUGAAGUAGCCUUGCCUGUGUAGCGCGAAACCUGGCUGCUAAUCCUACUCAACCUGAGAUGGUUCAAACCACAUCUGGUAUUACCCAGGAGAGGGCUGUGAUCACCAAGCAAGAAUCAUGGCUGGAUCAGGAGCAAUUUCCAUCACUUCUGUUGAAUCUGUGGUGUUAUUUAAGAAGAAAUGAUGAGCUUACUUUGGUGAGAGGAAGGAUACCUGUCUAAAUCCCACCUAACUCUUAGUUUAGGCACCUAACUCCUUUUUGGAUCUGGCCCCUAGUUUCUCUAAAUGCCCAAGUCACUUAUGAAUAAUUGGAACUUAGGCUCCUAAGUCACAUUGGUAACAUUUUCAGAAUUGCCUUAGAUAAGAAUCUUCCAGGUGACCUAGAAAUAUCUUAGUUCAGUUAAUUCACUCUAGUAAACAUAAAAGCUAACUUGGAUCUCCAUCCCUGCCUUCCAGCUUUCAUUAUCUUUGUGAGAAAAGAGGAACUAUGACUCAAAACUAUUUUGCCCUCAGAGUUUUUUUGCUCUCUCAAAAUAGAGACAAUUUCCUAGGUUAGGCUUCCUGGGAGGCAUCUGUGAGUUUUCCCUUAAAAUUGUAAAGUGAACACUCUUUUAAUAAGAAUAGGAGGAUUUUCAAAUAUUUUGUCUCAUGAUUUGAAUUGGAACUGGUAAAGUUUUGAAAUACCUAGCAGGUUAGAAAUUAGGGUUACAGGAACUGUGAAGAAGAAUAUAAAUCCAUUUGAAACAUCCCUAUUCACAUUAUUUUUGGGUCAUAGUAGAAUAUAGAGAAUUCCUAUUUAGCAGAGUUCAGUGUUACAUUGUGAUGCCAUCUCCUCUUUGUACUAUUCCAGAGUGAAAGGAAGUGCCUCCUGUUAUCCAUGUUACAUCCUCUGGGAUGCAGACUAUUCUGUUAUGGCGACCUGGUGGGAAGGGGUUGAUACAGGGGUCAAGCCUUCCCAGGCUGCACCUCAGUCUGAGAGUCUCUCAUAUCUCUGCCUAAAGAGAAGACAGCAAAAUCACAACCUUGUAACUCCAGGUCUGGCUCUGGCCCUGAACCCAGGGAAUUUUUCUGGCAUACUGUGAGCCCACCAAGAGAUGAGAUAAUUCUCUCCUGGCUCCUUUCAGCUGUCAAAACCCAGUGAUUUUGGUGCCUUGGCACGGUGGAAUUUUCCCGCCACAUGAGAGUGUCUUGCAAAGUAAAAGGCUUUCUGUUGUUGCAGAAAACCCCCGGUGCAAGAGAGUUCCCGCCAUUCGAAUGUAAAUUUGUGUCCCGCUAUUGGCCAGUUCUAAAUUAUGCACACGUGGCGGCUAGUAAUUGGUUUGCUGGCCGUUUAAAAAUUAGCGCAACUUCCGCCCAAGUCGGAGAACUUUGAGCACACUGCAGAGUGCCUCUGAAGAGAUCUGACUCGUGGCUGAGCUGAUCGAUAGACUGAUCACCUAUCGAUUCUUCUCCCCGUCACUGAGCGCAAUCCCAGACGUAUCCCUUUCCCUGCUGGCCCGAUUUGUAGACGGACGUGCUGGCCUGAGCCCUGCCAGCUGGAACAACUAACGUAGUUGUUUAGACAACCGGACCAUUUUUCAUCGCAACAGCAAGUGACGUAAGUAAAGUUUUACAACCAUAAAGCUUUCUCGGCCUCUCUAUUCACCAGCCCACCCUGACGAACGAGUAAUUAUUGAAUCACCUCGAGUCGGCUUUGGCUGUCCGAGACAUGGCAACGAGGAUGGGAUUAAAGGGCACGGUGAUGGAGAAGAACUUAAUCAGGUGCUGCCCCUGGCGCACCGGGACCCGCCACAUAGAGAAUGCCAACGAUCUAUGGGCGCAUAUCGCUUACCACCAGGCGGUAGAAGGGGAUGAAAGAAAUAUUGAUGGUUACUUCUCCGUAAAGAGAGAAGAAGCAGUAGUGAAGGAAUGGAGAACUAAGCUAUCCCUUGGGGAGUUCAGAUGUAUAAUGGGGAGCGACCGGGUCUAUUAUCGAUCCCCGGAGGAAACCUCGACCAUAUCCUUAGCCGGGGUAAAAGCGCGGAAGGCAGAGAAGCUGACCCCCGCUCAAGAGUUCGCUCAAUGCAUUCGAUACUUAAGGGAAGGAGGGGAAUCCACCCCCACAGACUGGUUUAACUGUCCGGAUUUAGUGCCGGAAUCGCGGGGUCAUGAGCUCCUCAUUCAGCUCCGGGAGGAUUUGGAAACUAAGGGCCGUCAUGUGCCGAGAUGGGGUCUAACUAAAUGGAAGAAGGGAAAAAUGAUAAAUGUGCUGUUCCGUACAGUAACGGGUCUCCUAAGGGAAUACGCAAAUUUAGAGGCACAGAUGCAUACGGCGGGUAAGGAGUCGCUGGAGUGGGCAGCAAAAAGCUUCGGAGCGGCGCUUAUCAGAAGCACCGGCUGCAUGAUACCGCUAGCAGAAAAUGGCGCCGAAAGAAGCGCGAGCCAUCUGGGAAACCCGGAAAGGAGGGGCAGAGUUUCAGAAGACCUGGCUGGGAUCCACCUAGUGCCUCCGCCCCCUGAGGUGACAUUGUCCCCGGCGGCCCCACCUUCUUGCCAAGGGGAGGGGGCAAUGGGAGGAGAGAUAUACCCAACGCUCCCAGAUGAAGAAUUUAACUCUUUCUCUACCACAGCUCACCCGAUAGCUGUGACGAAGCAUGUUGCAGAUGAAGAUGGUACCACACGUACCACUGUCAUCUCACACGCACACACUCGACCAGAGAUUCAAGAGCUUUGCAAGGAAUCUAAAAUAAGAUCAGGAGAGACCUUGGCAAUGUGGUUAGGACGGUUAAUAGUGGAAUUCGGAUCUGAUACCUUCGAUAAAGAAGCGAGUGCCUUGACCCGACAGGCGGCAUGGAGUGGUGGGCGUGCUACCGACUUGAAUGUGGUCAUAGACAGUGCCCACUGGCCCAUCCUGAUCCCGGCACUCGUAGUGGGACAGGUAACCCACAAAUUUCACACCUGGCACAAAGGUCGUCCACAGAGGGCCACUGCGGAGCAACUCCUCCUAGCUAUAGUUGGGGUGUCAUAUCUCUCAUGGAGCCUGAGGACAAAUCCCAUGGGACUAACUGCCGUGCAACAAAAAGAGAGAUGGGCUCAUCGCCACCUAUCGGACCCAGGGGCAAUCCCAACGCCCUUGGAAGCUAUAGAGGCCUGCAUGGAGGUAUACGGAGGAGCAAAUGCCGUUACACUCCGACUCUUCUUGAACCCAAUGGCAGGUCAACCAGUGGGAAAUCUCUUAGGCCAUCUCCCACGUCUACAAGCACUUAUGCAACAAGGUGAAGAAGCUUCUGAUACUAUAAGGGACCGAUCUUCGAUAUACCCAGCCGGAACACUGAGACCCAGACGGCAAGAAUUUAUCCCUCGACGAGAGCAAAGGUGGUCACCUCCAGGAACCCCAAAGGAGAGAACCCUGAAGGAAAGAACCAUGUUUGGUUUUCUUCUCUCCCGCACCGGACUUACGAAGGCACAGCUAUGAAUUUUGGGAGAAAGGGGCCAGUCUUGUCUGGCUGAAGCAUUGGGAUUCAAAUUCGAGGACUCAUCAAAAAACGAGUAAUGGCCGUCGGCUCUGCCGGCGGCCUUCUCCAGUUCAGACCUGACCCUACGGAUUCUCAACCAUACACCAAACUCACUGUUUACAACCCUACCGAUCCGGAUGAGCAACAACAAGCAUUCUUCCUUCUCGAUACUGGAGCUCAAACCAAUGUGAUUACCUCAAUGAUACCUCAUCAAAAGACCACCAAAACGAUUAAGGUACAAGGGCUUAAUGCUAUCGCUGUCACAACGAAGGUCAAAUUUUGGGUCCAAGGCUACCGAUAUCCCCUAGAGGCUGUCCUAGGGGGCAUUAACAUUUUAGGGAUCCUGGGGAUAAAAGUGCUUGACCUUAAAGAACAAGUGCUACAGGCAUUACCCAUCAUUAUCCCAGAACAGGAUUGGCAUCAACCAACGCUUCGUAACAACUCGACCUGGCGAUAUUGACCAAUCCUGACUAAAGGUUCACUAAAGCAGUCCCUUACUGACCUCCUGAGACGGCUCGAGCGACGAGGCUGUAUUAAGACUGUAACAGCCAGCACCUACCUGUCAUCAGGAUGGGGGGUAGCGAAACCUGGAAAGCCUAAUGAAGCCCGGUUGGUUGUAGACUAUCAAGAAGUCAACAAAAGGUGUCAAGUACUUCAACAACCUAAUCCAUCUACUCUGCCACAAUGUAUGUUUGAGAUGGCACAGUUCCAACAAAGUAAGUAGGUUGGAGUCACAUUGGAUCUUAAAAAUAUGUUCUUUUCCAUCCCGAUAAAUGACCCGGAAGGAAUACUAAACGUGUAUUGAUGGCAUCAUGUAUAGGUGGGCAGUCUGUCCACAAGGAUAUCGUAACGCUCCAUCACUAGCAACUGGUGCCAUGAAUAACACCCUAAAGAGUUUUCGAGCUUCAUAUUCUCUUCCUCAAGAGAAGGAACUAAAGAUUUGGAGUUACGUGGAUGAUAUCGCCAUCAUGGGUCGUGAUAGUUCCGUAGUUACUAGUAUAAUCAGUAAACUAGUCGCUCACCUUCAGAGUGAGGGAUGGACAAUCAACGAGGAAAAGUCGUGUUUGCAUCCUGUAGGUGACAUUACUUUCCUUGGUACUCGAUACAUCGGUUCCAUCCGCCACGGAAUUUCUCAUGAGGGUCCUAACAUCGAUCCAUUGAAAACAUUCUUCCCUACUACCAAGGGGCACUUUCAACAGCUGUUGGGUCAUUUGAAUUGGUAUCGACAUUAUAUUGAACCUAGCGAUUUGGCACUCCUCACCAAAUUGCAGCCACAGAUCCGUAAUAAAUCCCGAAAGUCUACACCCUGGACAAAAGGAGAUCAGCAGAACCUGCUUCGCCUGCUAGCUACAGUUAAAGAUACACAACUCCAUGCCAUCGAUCUGGGCGAGUCACUAACCGUAACCCUCGAGUUCACCACCAACCAUGUGUGGGCUGUCGUACAUAAUUCUCAUGAUGAGCUAGUAUAUACAGCCCAUAAAACACUUCAAGCGGCACAACAUCGAUAUGGAGCUGUGGGAAAAAUCCUCCUCGCCGAACAAUUGGUGGAGUCUUUAGCAAGGGAGCAUGGGACAUUACGCGCUCCCGGUGCCACAUUGUUACCCUUGCUGGAUGCACACAGAGUUGACCCACAUUUUCAGGGAGAAUCUAAGACCUGGAAUACGCUAGUACUUACCCACCAUUACAACUGGCAUUGUUGGAGGUUGGAAGACACGAUACCUGAUCCAAGCCCAGAAGAUGAGGAGAAGGUCCCUACAUUGUAUGGAACUUCUGCCCCGGCAUGGAUGGCCUCAGAUGGAACCUCCCGACAUGGCGGAGGCUAUGGGUAUUAUUGCAAAGCUUGUAACGAUAAGGAAAUCUUUCAAGCUGACCCAGAUGAUAAUUUGGCCCAAAGAUGUGAAUUAUUAGGAUUCCUUAAGGUACUGGAACAUUGUCUGACACAUCAUAACGAUACACUCCCAGUUCCGAUCAUUACAAUUGAUUCGCAACACAUUUAUAAAAUUCUUACGGGCACAGCUUUUCCUUCUGAACAUUUGAAUGAUUGGCAAGAUAUUUGGGAAACGUUAACUAAAUUUGUGCGCCUCCCGUUGAUUAGGCACACUAAGUCCCAUCGUCCAGAUACCGAUCCAGUGCAUGAGGUAAUUGAUAAGCUUUUGGAAGAUCCACUUCGAACCGACAUAGCCUUGCCUGUCACAUCUACCACUGAUCCUGAAGUAAAUCCGUUCCUCGCGUGGCUUCAUGAGAAUUGGGGUCACCCGGGACUAUGAGCUUGCCCUAAACGUUGGUGCCGAACCCUUACGGAGCCAGCCUUAUACGGAGCUCGGCGCGAUUGGGAAAAGGUAGCUCAGGCCUGUGAGAUAUGUGCUAAGGAAAAGUGCCAUAGAACCAAGCACCAACUAGGAGCUUUCGAUUCUUCACAGUUUCAAGCAGGAAAAGUUUACCAGGUAGAUUUGCUGGGACCCCUCCCAGGGUCUAAGCCACCAAAUAAAGGACUAGUUGUCGAUUUGGGAAUGAGACAGUUACAGGUUAUCCCCCUACGGAAAAGUAAUGCCAGUGCUGUCAUUUCGGCUUUGACUGCUGUAUUUGCUACCUGGCAACCUCCUCAUGAGAUUCAAUCUGAUGGAGGACCCCCAUUUAAUUCAAACGCUCUGGAUAAAUUCGCUCGUCUUCAUAAUGUAGCCUGGCAUCUUCAUUUGCCGUAUAACCUGCAGUCCAACGGUGUUGUGGAAAGGCACAUAGGCCUGUACAAGGAGCAACUUCGCCUUAGAGGAGGAGGGACGUUUAAAAACUGGACUAAAUUUAAUCACGAUUUCCUUAUUUCACUAAACACCGCUAAACCAUUAUGGGACGAAGCUAAUGUCCAGAAACCUCCACCUUGGGAGCCCAAGUUUCAACCAGACGAGUUAGUGUGGAUUUCAAUACCGCACCCCCAUCAGUCUCAUCCACAAGUUCACAAAGGGACCGUUCAGCGGUCGGGACAAUAUCCCAAUACCUAUUCUGUCCAAUUGGAAGAGAAGCCUGAUCGUCCUCCUAUUAUCGUUCAUCACAACUGGAUGACACGCCGUUCCAACGUUUCCCCAGUAUCCUUACAGUAAAUCCAAUUAUGAGUCUUUUGUCUUGUGUUGUUGCUUUCUCUCUUCACAGGACUGACCCUAGAAAAGUGGUAGUCCACAGCUGCCCGAGUGUGAGAUUCAUCGAGCCCCAGACUGCAGUUCAUUCGAGUUAAUAGAGUGAUGAUUAUAAAGAAGACACUGAGACGGAGAACGUUCAUUAGCUCAGGACUUGCUAUGACACUAUUUACUCUCAUUUUGUUAAGUUUUUUUUAUUGACAUUGUCUGUUAAUAGGAAAGGACGGACUAACUACCAGACAAGGAGAGUCCCAAGCAGAUGUUCUCUAAUCAGACGAUGAUCAACAGUUGUUGUUUUGUGUUCAAAGUUAUUGUAUUUUGUAACUUGUUGAAAAGACCGGUCUAUCAAGUUGUUUGUUUAUAUACAUAUAUUACUGGUUGUUAAAGCUUUGCCAGGUCAGUAAGUCCCAAAACAAAGAUGCCGGAUGAUAAGCUCAUGUAUCUAAAAUUCCAGUUGUGCCGUCGGUAAGGGGGCAUGUCACAACCCAGUGAUUUUUGUGCCUCGGCACGGUGGAAUUUUCCCGCCACAUGAGAGUGUCUUGCAAAGUAAAAGGCUUUCUGUUGUUGCAGAAAACCCCCGGUGCAAGAGAGUUCCCGCCAUUCGAAUGUAAAUUUGUGUCCCACUAUUGGCCAGUUCUAAAUUAUGUACACGUGGCGGCUAGUAAUUGGCUUGCUGGCUGUUUAAAAAUUAGCGCGACUUCCGCCCAAGUCGGAGAACUUUGAGCACGCUGCAGAGUGCCUCUGAAGAGAUCUGACUCGUGGCUGAGCUGAUCGAUAGACUGCUAUCGAUUCUUCUCCCCGUCGCUGAGCGCAAUCCCAGACGUAUCCCUUUCCCUGCUGGCCCGAUUUGUAGAUGGACGUGCUGGCCUGAGCCCUGCCAGCUGGAACAACUAACGUAGUUGUUCAGACGACCGGACUGUUUUUCGUCGCAACAGCAAGCGACAUUAAGUAAAGUUUUACAACCAUAAAGCUUUCUCAGCUUCUCUAUUCACCAGCCCGCCCUGACGAACGAGUAAUUAUUGAAUCACCUCAAGUCAGCUUUGGCCGUCCGAGACAUCAGCAACUCUAAUUAAGGCAUCCCAUGGAGAGACCGUACUGACUAUGGACUCGAGGAGUUGGGUCUUCUAGGGGGAAGCUGUGAAUUCAGAACUCUCCUCCUUUGUGUUUUGCUUGGCAGAUGUGCCCAAUCUGCUUUUUAGAGCUGCAGUGUUUCCCCCUCCUCCAUCUGAACAGAAAUGCAUCUGGUCCUUGAACACACCCAACUACUGGAAUGACUGAGCCACAAAAAGGACUCAUGCGCAGUAAAGGACUCUGUGACUGAGAGGAGCAGGAAGUGCAUAUCACUUUUUCAUCUAUUUGACAUGAGACACAAGGAGGGGCUGGAUAACUAGAUGCUCAAUUGGUAGUACUAGGGCAAAAAAGUUUCUGAAUGUUUGGGACACGUGUGUACCCCACUAUAAGGAUGUUCAUGUGGACAAACAAUGCUUCUCAAACAACUUCAGUUACUGAAACAGAUGGAUUUUGAUUUUUCUCUCAGUUGCUGUGAAUGGAGAAUAACAAGUCAUACAUGGCUGCUAGGGUGGCGGAGGAAAGGGAUCGCAGACCAUGUCCCACCCCAUCUGCCUGUGGCUGACUGCAUUAUGUCUUGCUUGUGCUGCCAGGAAGCUUCAGAGGCUAUGAAAUUGUAGUGUCCAGAUUUGAUCAUCUACAUAGCAUUUAUGGAGCAAAUCCACCCAGAGGAAUUUUGUUCCUGGACACACAGCCCUGCAUGUAUGGAUGUUUACACAGAUUUCCUUUAUUUUCAAUGGUAUUACAAGCAAACCAAGCAGGAACAGAUGAAUUCUGGAGAUCAACACUUGAAUAUGAUGGCAGGGUUUGGGCUUCUUUGACCAUGAGAUGGUGUUGCUAGAAGGACUGUUGUGAAGAGAAGGGGUCCACCAAGAAUGUCUUUGAAUACAGUGUCACUAAGCUACCAAGGAGGGCUUUAAACUUGUGUUAACCAGGGAUGGAGACAAAAGCUCAGAGGUUUUCACAAGUACUUCUGGAGCUCAAGCUAACUUGAAGACAACUGGAAGAAUUGAAUGUAUAUACUGCAGUACUCCAGUCUUUCUGAGCAUGAGUGCAGCUUUACUCUGAGAGAGGCAGAACAUUGAGUGAUCAUCUCAAAAUUUGGCCCAGAUUGGAGGCGGCAGCCUGUUUGAGCUGCUCCCUGGAUCACCGUUGGGUUCAAGAAGGGAUCUCCGGCUGUGAAAUCUUCAAGGUAUAGAAAAAACCAGAGGAAAUGAACAUGAUCAAGCAUAUAUUGUGAAAAUGUAAUGUUGCCUAUGUAAGACGUGAAAUAACUUCUGUUUUUCCAUUUUUGCUGUUGACAAGCUGGCUUAUUAUACUUUGAUCACAUACUUUACUGGUGAUGGUUCUCAUUAAUUUUAAAAGGCAUAUGUCAAAAAAAAAAAUCUCAUAUUAGCAGCUUUUAGCUUUUUUCCCCUUAACAAAAGAAUUCAAUUACUUUUUUUUUAGCUUUCCCCAAGUUCUGACUACCUCAUCAAAACAGAAUUCUAAACAGCUCUGGUUAAUCAACAUGUGACAAUGUUCUAGAUACAACUUCAGGAUGAUAAUGGCCGAUUGAACUGAAGUUAAUUUCCACUUGGCUUUUACCUUCUAAUUAUUUAACAGCUCAGCAACAAAAACCUUUACCAACAAUAUGCCUGCAGGGCUCUUGGUUGACAGUACAUAGCUCAGUUGAGUUUAGCUACUCCUAAAGAAAUGCUACCACUCGAGAGGUUGAAAUAUUUGAAAGUUCAGAGCUUCUCUUAUGGAUGAAAUGGAAAAAUAUCAAUUAGAAUACAAAUGUACUAAUUAAUACAUUGAAAAAAAUAAAACUCUAAUAAGCAUAUAAUUAAGUCAACAGCAGUCUUGCUGAUGUGCAAAAGAAAAUAUAGUCUGAAUUCUGCCUUUGUGAAAGGGAUAUGCAUAGUCUGUUGGACAAAAAAGUGGCUUCUGAGCUACUGCAGCCAGCAAAAAGGAAGUUAAAACCUUAUGUUCCUGUCACUCUCCUGAGAUGGUGAUAAUAUUUCUCAUCCAUUUCAUGGCACAAUGCCAUAUCUAUGUGCAAAAACUGACCUCAUCUGUAUACAUACAAGCCUGUACCUCUCCCUUAUGUGUAUACAUUUCUGUUUAUUUGCUGUGAACUACUAAAUGUUUGCAUUCCUGCUAAUAAUUGUCCAGAGACAAUACCUGCUAAUUCUGAUACAUAGGUUUUAAGUAGUUUCUAAUGCAUUGUGACCAGACUUAAUCAAGAAACUGUCUUUGAAAGCUUUUGUGGAUCUAAAUAGAGUUAACCAGCUCAGAUACUUGUAUUUACAAUAGACUAUAAGAGCCAUCUUCCAUGUUGUAUCUCCUGUCAGAGUCUCAAUCUGCCAAUCCUGCUGAAUGCCUACCACUUCAAUCCCAGAACAUGUCUAUAGCUACAGAUCAAUGUAGUCAUCAACCAGUUAUACCUGAAAGCUGAUGAUGUCAUUGGUGAUUGUCCAGGGUGCCCCAUCGAGGCCAGCAUGAAUAAUUAUAUUAGCAAAUGUUCAAGGGGCCUCAGGUGCUAAACAAGACCUUACUGACAAAUCAUUUCCUGACUUAAAGUACCAAUAAAAGAUA